AUGACUGACGCAGAGAAGGCGCCCUUUUUCAAGCCCACGGUCUCUCAAACUGGUAAACUUCUGUGUGAACAAUUGAAACACCCGCUGAGAACCUUUAGCAAUUCGGACUACACAGCUGAAUUAACCGGAAAAAUGACCGAAUUCAUCCACUACGUCAACUCGGCGUUUGAAAACGUGCCGCAGGAGGAUAUGACAGUUGCCCUUUCCAGUGGACUUCAAUCAGCAUGGUAUUCACACUUGUUUACUAGGGUCGAAACCGUCAUCCGAACCUCCAAUGGUCAACCUAGUGACUUUGCGCAAUUGGCAAGCGAACUGGCAGAAUUUGCAGCCAAAAAUCAUAAUACCUUUUUCUCUGUUCAACAAACCCAGACAAAGAAGCGUAGAAGUCGAUUUAAGAAUCUUGCUGAUUGGGAGAGAACCCAGAAAUCAAAGGAGGAGGUGACGUGGGAUGAGGCGCGGCACUAUGUCGAAAGUGCUAUUUAUGAUGGAAGUAUUGCUUGCGACCGUGUUGGGAGCUAUGCAUACUGCUCCCAAGGCUAA